GGCUUGAGAACGCAGAUAUGGCUGCUGACAUUCCUCAUUUCACCUUGAACGAUGGAACGCGAAUCCCGUCUGUUGGCAUGGGAUGUUGGAUGGGCAUCCCAGGUGGGGGCGAGAGUGCCGAAAUCAUGUGCAAGAAAGCGAUCAAAUACGGCUAUCGCCAUUUCGAUACAGCGUUUGGAUAUUUCAACGAAGAGCACGUUGGAAAAGCAAUCCGAGAGUCCGGCAUUCCGAGAUCCGAAUUUUACAUCACUACGAAGUUAACAAACUCGGACCAUCAUCGAGUUAGAGAAGGUUUCGAGACAUCGUUGAAGAAUCUCGACUGUGACUACAUAGACCUGUAUUUGAUGCAUUGGCCUCAAGCCACGACGGAAAAGGGACCGAUUCGACCUGAUGAGUCGCCUACCAUCAUCGAUACAUGGAGAAACAUGGAAAAGUUACUGGAAACUGGCAAGGUGAAAACCAUCGGAGUGUCGAACUUUUCCAUUAAGACGCUGGAGCAACUUCGCCUACACUGGUCAGUCGUGCCAGCUGUGAAUCAGGUCGAAAUGCACCCAUGCCUCCCUUGCGAAGACUUGAAGGCAUAUUGCGAUGAAAAGGGCAUCCUACUCGUAGCUUAUUCUCCUCUUGGACGCCCGCUUCCAGGCCAGUCCCAGACAGUCUUUGCCACUGAGCCUACCAUCACACGCAUUGCCGAAAAGCUGGAAGUAACCUGGGCGCAAGUAGUGCUCAGUUGGGGCGUUCAACGCGGAACCUCGGUCAUUCCAAAGAGCGAAAACGACGAUCGCAUGAAAGCUAACCUCCGCCUUAUCAAGCUAUCGGUAGACGAUAUGAGUGCACUGAAUAAUAUACACAAGUCUCCGGGCAUGCACAAGUCUCUGCUGGCCUAUCAUCGUCCUGAUGGUACCGUCUUGGGCUGGACGUACGAGGAACUUGGGUGGAACCUGAAGCCAGGAGGAAUAGUCGGUUGAGGAACCGGUGCAUGUUUUGGCUGGUCAGGUUUCAGUAUUUGCUGUUUUUCUACAUACGUGUAUAGUCGAGACAGCAUCGCGGCCAUGGACGGCGCACAAACUUCCGUGCGAUG